UGUCAGAGGGAAGGUUUUCCUCGCGUUCCGACACGAACACACACUACACACUCUCACACACUCUCUCUCUCACACUACACACUAACACACUCUCUCUCUCACACUACACACUAACACACACUCUCUCUCACACUACACACUCUGCUGUGGAGAGAUUAAUGAGAUGAAGAGCGCAGUGUGAGAUCAGUGUGUGAGAUCACUCGGGGCAGGGAAGAGAAAGAAUGGACGCUGUUGAUGCGGUGUUCUACCCCAGCAGGCGGGACACUAACCCCCUGCUGGACCAGCUGCCCAGUUACCAGUCCCUGCUGUACAGGAGGAAGUCCUCAGGCAGCAGUAAGAGGCGCAGUUCUACACGGGGGCGCUACACUUCCACCGGCAGUUCCUCAGAGGUUGGGGUGAGCAGAGAGGCCGGGACCAGCAGAGGGGGUGGGGUUCAGGACAGGAAAUGGACUUAUAGGCAGGAGGACAGAACAAUUCAGGGAGCCACCGAGCACAGACCUGCACGAGAGCUUCCGAGGAACAUGGAGGAAAAACGCAAACACAGAGAGCUGCAGCAGCACAGAGAGCAGGGUGUGUGUUCUCAGUGGAGAGUCAGUGUUCUUCACUAUCUGAAGAGGAUGAAGGAGGACAGCAUGGAGUUAGUGAGCACGCUGCAGCUGUGGAGGAGUGAUAUACACCUUAUCGAGGGCAUGUUUGGUACAGGGAUCCUGUCGUACUUCUCAUUCCUGCGCUUCUUGGUUCUGCUGAACUUUGUGAUGUUCCUGUUGAUGUUCAGUUUUGUGAUGUUGCCCAUCAUUGUGUCUACACACACCUCGUCCAUCAACUCCACUCUGACCACAGGGGGCACUGCAGGGGCUCAGUGCACGGUUUACUCCCGCUCCUCCUCUCAGAAGGGACUGGUCAUGUUCCACCAGCACAUCAUCGACCUGCUGUCUGGCACAGGCUUCCUGGAACACACUUACCUGUUCUAUGGUUACUAUAAUGUGGAGUCAUUAACCUUCUCAGGCUUCAGCUAUAACCUGCCGUUAGCCUACGUGCUCUGCACCAUCGCAUGCCUGCUGCUCAGCCUCAUCUGGAUCGUCAAGAGGUCGGCUGCAGGCUUUAAGAGGAAGCUGAUUCAGGAUGAAGAUCGGUUCCAGAGUUUUUGUAACAAGAUCUUUGCUGGCUGGGAUUUCUGUAUAACUGAUGAGAACACAGCACGUUUGAAACACAGCAGCCUGCUGUAUGAGCUCAAGACGGAUCUGGAGGAGGAGCGGAUCAGGCAGAAGAUGGCUGACCGUUCCCAGAAGGAGAAAUGUCGUAUCUACUCCCUCCGAGUUGCCCUCAACUUGUUUGUGAUUGCCGUGCUCGUCUGCUGCUUCUACUGCAUCUACAGUGCCACCAUCUUCUCCCUGAAGGCUCAGGCUCAGCAUCAGAGGUAUAACUUCAUAGUGAAGCUGAUCUUUGAGUAUCUGCCCUCCAUUGUCAUCACACUGGCCAACUUCAUCACACCUAUCAUCUUCAGCGUCAUCAUCAACUUUGAGGAUUACUCUCCCGCCUUUGAGAUCCGCUUCACACUCCUCAGGUGUGUGUUCAUGCGUUUGGCCAGUAUCGGAGUCCUGCUGUUCUCUCUGUGGUUUCAGAUUACCUCCUGCUCUGGGACAGAGGACCAUGUGUGUCCCUGUGGAUACAACCACCAGCUUUACCCUUGCUGGGAGACCCAUGUAGGGCAGGAGAUGUACAAGCUGAUGAUCUUUGAUUUCCUCAUCAUUGGAGCAGUCACCAUCUUUGUUGAGUUUCCCAGAAAGAUCCUGGUGAAUCACUGUGACUGGGGUUUGGUAAAGUGGUUGGGUCAGCAGGAAUUCUCCAUCCCUCAGAAUGUUCUGGAGAUUGUCUAUGGGCAAACCAUCUGCUGGAUCGGCACGUUCUACUGCCCCCUGAUGCCUGCCAUCAACACUAUCAAGUACUUCUUUGUCUUCUACAUCAAGAAGGUGACUCUGGUGAAUAACUGUCGUCCUGCAUCUCGUCCGUUCCGUGCCAGCAGCUCCAACUUCUUCUUCCUGGCGGUGCUGCUGAUUGGAUUAGCACUUGCUACAGUUCCUGUUACAGUCAGCAUCGCACAGAUCCAUAGCUCAGGGGCGUGUGGAGCAUUUAUGAAUUACACCACAUCGUGGGAGGUCGUACCUCGCUCAGUGUCUCAGCUGCCCUCAAAACUGCAGGCUGUCUUCACUGCACUCUCCUCAGAGGCCUGCGCGGUGUCCCUCUUCGUCAUCACCUGUUUGGCAAUGUUCUAUGUGAUUGCGUUAGCUGGAGCUCAUAAACGUGUCAUCAAUCAACUGAGAGAGCAGCUGGCCAUGGAGGGGAAAGAUAAGCGAUUUCUGAUUCAGAAAUUGCUUCAGGCUCAGUCUAAUCCCCGUUGCCGUGGGAACCAGAAGCCCAGCAGCUCCAGUGUGUAUAUGAUUUCUCCGCCCACUGAGACACAUGCGUAAUAUAUUUUCCUCUCGUUGGCUUGGUGCAUAACGAGCUGUCCUGUGAUUGGGUCUGGGGUCUGUGGUCUCUUCUUAUGAGACCAGCUCAUAACCAACUGUCUGAUUUGGUUCAGUCCAGAACAAGACUCUCACCACUAAACAAGCUGGACUCUUAUUGGCUGAAGCAUUAAUGUUUGUUUUUGAUUGGACCGAUCCAUGACCAUCCCUGUUCUGAUUCGCUGUAAUGAUUUAAUCAGGAGUUCUCGUUAGUCAUAUUAAUGUGGAGCUCUUGACUGUCUUUGACAAAAUCACAACCUAAUGAGCUUUCAUCUGAUUAGUUAUACAGUCACAGAGACUCUCUGAUUGGUUAAACUGUUACAUGGUGUCUCUUCAUUGGGUAGACUGUGUAUUUUGUGUGUGUGUGUGUGUGUGUGUGUGUUACACUUUUGUAUCGUGGGGUUUUAAAAAAAUUUUUUUUUAUAUACAUAUUUCACUCGUGCUCAGACAGUGUAGGGAAUUAAACAAAUGCAUUAAUCUUGUUUUUUCAGUGGGCGGCACGGUGGUGUAGUGGUUAGCACUGUCGCCUCACAGCAAGAAGGUUCUGGGUUCGAGCCCCGUGGCCGGCGAGGACUUUUCUGUGUGGAGUUUGCAUGUUCUCCCCGUGUCUGCGUGGGUUUCCUCCGGGUGCUCCGGUUUCCCCCACAGUCCAAAGACAUGCAGUUAGGUUAACGUGGGCCUUGGGCUGAGGUGCCCUUGAGCGAGGUACUGAACCCCUGACUGCUCCCCGGGCGCUCUGGUGUGGCUGCCCACUGCUCUGGGUGUGUGUGUGUGCGUUCACUGCUUCAGAUGGGUUAAAUGUAGAGGAUGAAUUUCACUGUGUUUGAAGUGUGCACGUGACAAAUAAAGGUUUCUUUUUCUU